AGUUAAAGUAGUUCUUGGCUAGUGUUUUGUGCGGCAAUAUCUGACCUUACGAACUCGAGAUAUCAGAAUUGCAAUUGGGUGAAGAGUCUAAAGAUACAUUGCCUGGGUAGCUAGAACAUUCUAGUAUUAACUAAAAAUGUUAACAGUGGAGGAAAUCGAGACGGUUCCUUUUGAGGGCCAACAGCCGGGUACCAGUGGUUUACGUAAAAAAGUUAAAGUUUUUCUUCAAAAGAAUUACGUAGAAAACUUUAUUCAGAGUAUUUUAAAUGUUAACGAGGAAUUGGAGGGAUGUACUCUGGUCGUGGGAGGAGAUGGAAGAUAUUUGGUCAAAGAAGUAGUCGAUACGAUUAUUAAGAUCUGUGCUGGUAAUGGUGUUGGUAAACUCAUUAUUGGACAGAAUGGUCUUCUGUCUACGCCAGCAGUGUCCCAUCUCAUAAGGAAGAAUGAAACAUUGGGUGGAAUUAUCCUCACCGCUUCACACAACCCCGGUGGUGUAGACAACGACUUCGGCAUCAAAUUCAACACAAGCAACGGAGGGCCGGCUCCGGAUGGUGUGACUAAUGAAAUCUACCGUCACAGCACCAUCAUCAAAUCAUAUAAGAUUGUGCCAAACAUUAAAUGUGAUAUAACAACUAUCGGAAUAACUAGAUUCAAGAUUGAAGAUAAAGAUUUCGUGGUAGAAGUUAUAGACUCGGUGAAGGACUAUUUGGAUUAUAUGAAGGAGAUAUUCAACUUCCCGCUGAUCAAAACCCUGUUGGAGGGAUCCGAAGACAAGAAGAAAUUCAAUGUACUCAUUGAUUCCAUGAACGGAGUGACCGGCCCUUACGUGAAACGCAUCUUCGUCGAUGAGCUCGGAGCUACGGAGGACAAUCUUCGCAGAGUGGUUCCUAUGGAGGACUUCGGUGGAAUUCACCCGGACCCCAACCUCACGUACGCUGAGGACCUGGUCAGAGAGGUCAGGAAGGGAGACUACGACUUUGGAGCAGCUUUCGAUGGGGACGGUGACCGCAACAUGAUCUUGGGCCGCGGCGCCAUGUUCGUGACCCCCGCAGACUCGUUGGCCAUCCUCGCGUCCUGGUUGCACGUCAUCCCCUACUUCCAGCGGACGGGUGUGAAGGGGUUCGCCCGCUCUAUGCCCACAGCCGCCGCCGUUGAUCUCGUCGCCAAAGAAAUGAACAAGGAAAUGUUCGAAGUACCCACAGGCUGGAAGUACUUCGGUAACCUGAUGGAUGCUGACCGUCUGUCGCUCUGCGGCGAGGAGAGUUUCGGCACCGGCUCUGACCACAUCCGCGAGAAAGACGGCGUAUGGGCGGCGCUGGCCUGGCUCAACGUGAUCGCUCACAGCGGACUCAGCGUGAAGGAACUGCUCAUGAGGCACUGGAGGAAGUACGGCAGGAACUACUUCGCCAGACAUGACUUCGAGGAGUGUUCGCUGGACUCGUGCCGCCAGCUGAUGACCGACCUGGAGCGGACGGUCACCGCCGAGGGGUUCGUGGGAUCCAAGCAUUAUAUACAGGAUGUAGAGAACGCGGUCGUCGCCGCCGACAACUUCUCAUACAUGGACCCCAUAGACCGCAGCGUCGCCUUGAACCAGGGUAUUCGUCUGGUUUUUGAGAACGGCAGCCGCAUCAUAUACAGGCUGAGCGGCACCGGCAGCCAGGGGGCCACGUUACGUAUAUAUUUGGAAGCGUUCACUCCCUGUGACGGCGACAUCCACCUGUCCAGCGAGGAGCGGCUUCAGUCCCUGGUGACGCUCGCCAUGAGGUUCGGCAGAGUGAGGAGAUACACCGGCAGGGACAAACCGACAGUCAUCACGUAGAGCAGAACUUACAAGCAGAACCGUUACUAACUACAUACGGAUAGUUUAGACUUUAUUUUUUUAUCUGUAAAUGAAAAACUUCACUCUCCGUAUGCAGUUCUAUGCGAAAGUCUAGUAAGAAUACGAUGAAAUCACAAUACAAUCAAUAUAAGCCGUGUAUGACCAACUAUUUGGCCAUCAUCACCCACUUGAGAAAUUUGAAUGGCCAACUGAUGGGCCAAUCUCGCCAAUGCCAAUACUUCUCUUGACCAACUAGUUGGCCAUUAUCGCCAAUUAGAACCACUACAUACAUUGAUACAUACUAUUGUUGCUUCUCCAGAAAGCGUUCUUAUAAGAAACUUCUAGAAAAUUUCUUCAAGUUAUCACAUAUUUUAUAUACAAACUAUAUUAUUAUAAUAUUUACAACUAAUGAAUUUUAUGUAAAUAAAGAGAUUUUAUGAUAAAACAAUACAAGGGCAUAAUAUUUAAUGAGCUGUACAGUUUAAAUAUUUUAUCAGCGGCCAUCUUUUUUUAAACGUUUUUUUGGUCUUUCUUGCCAGUAUAUUUAUUAUUUGACUGUGUCAUACAACUUGGUAGCUGUAAGAGAAAAAAAAAUUGUGAUUUUUAAACCCAAAAACUAUAAUAAGUUCUAGUGAAGUCAUUUUUGACUUUUUCUCUUGUAAUUUCUGUUCCUUAAUAUAUUUGUAUAUUAUUUUUCAAUAAAACAUACAUAUAAA